GGCGCCAGGUGUCAUGGAGGAUCAGUAGCAGCGCGGCCACAGAGAGAGAGCUCCUCCUCCACCAUGGACAUGAAGAAGAGGGUCAGCCUGGAGCUGAGGAACCGGAGCCCGGCGGAGAUAGCAGAGCUGGUGGUCGACAACAGUCGCUCUGCAGACGGAGAGGUGGAAGGACUGACGGACGCCUUCACGGAGCUCGAGUUCCUCAGUAUGGUCAACGUGGGGCUGAGCUCGCUGGCCAAGCUGCCCUCACUGCCCAAACUACGCAAGUUGGAGCUCAGCGACAACAACCUGUCCGGUUCUCUGGAGACGCUGUCGGAUAAAUGUCCCAACCUGACCUACCUCAACCUGAGCGGGAACAAGAUCAAAGAGCUGAGCAACGUGGAGGCGCUGCAAAACCUGAAGAGCCUCCAGAGUCUGGACCUGUUCAACUGUGAGAUCACGUCUCUGGAGGACUACAGGGAGAGCGUGUUCGAGCUGCUGCCUCAGGUCACCUACCUGGACGGCUUCGACCAGGAGGACAACGAGGCGCCCGACAGCGAGGCCGACGACGAGGACGAGGACGGCGAGGACGGCGGGGCGACCGGAGACUUUGACGAAGACGAGGAUGAAGACGAAGACGAGGACGGCUCAGAGGGCGGAGAGGUGGGGUUGAGCUUUCAGGUGAACCGGGCCGAUCAGGACGAUGACGAGGACGACUUUGCGGAGGAGGAGGAGGAGGAAGAGGAACAGGCCGGCGUUCAGGGAGAGAAGAGGAAGAGAGACGUGGACGACGAAGGCGAGGAUGACGAGGACGAUGAAGACGACUAGUCCUGUUCUGGUCCGAGGUCUGUGUCCGUCCUGGUUCUGUCCGUCGUCCUCCAGACGGCAGCAGGACGGCGUCUCCGCUAGUUCCCUCCAGUCGUCUG